AUGAAAAACAGAACAGAAGUGACACAGCUCAUUCUCCUAGGACUAACCAAUGACCCAGAACUACAGGUUCCCCUCUUCAUAAUCUUCAGCCUCAUCUACCUCACCACUCUCAUUGGGAAUCUGGGGAUGAUUAUGUUGAUUCUCUUGGACUCUCAACUCCACACUCCCAUGUACUUUUUCCUCAGUAACUUGUCUCUAGUGGACUUCUGUUACCCUUCAGCUGUCACUCCCACAGUCAUGGCUGGAUUCAUUCCAGGAGACAAGGUCAUCUCCUACCAUGCGUGUGCUGCCCAGAUGUUCUUUUUUAUAGCAUUUGCCACUGUGGAAAAUUAUCUCUUGGCCUCAAUGGCUUAUGACCGCUAUGCAGCCGUGUGCACACCCCUACAUUACACCACCACCAUGACAACAAGUGUGUGUGCUUGUCUGGCCACAGGCUCCUAUGUCUGUGGUUUCCUGAAUGCCUCCAUCCACGUUGGAGACACGUUCAGUCUCUCUUUCUGCAGGUCCAAUGUGGUCCAUCACUUUUUCUGUGAUGUUCCAGCAGUCAUGGUUCUCUCUUGCUCUGAUAGACACGUUAGUGAGCUGGUUCUUGUUUAUGUAGUGAGCUUCAACAUCUUUUUUGCUCUCCUGGUUAUCUUGAUAUCCUACAUGUUCAUAUUUAUCACCGUCCUGAAGAUGCAGUCCUCUGCAGGGUACCAUAAGGCUUUGUCCACCUGUGCUUCCCACCUCACUGCCGUUUCCAUCUUCUAUGGAACGAUUAUCUUCAUGUACUUACGGACCAGCUCCAGCCAUUCCAUGGACACAGACAAAGUGGCAUCUGUGUUCUAUGCUAUGAUCAUCCCCAUGCUGAAUCCUGUGGUCUACAGCCUGAGGAACAAGGAGGUCAAGAGUGCAUUCAAGAGGCUUGUUUUAGUGGCAAAAUUAUCACUAAGAUUAUGA